AAGUGGAUACCUGGACUAUUCUGUGGGUCUCUUGGAGUCCCUUUCCCGUCUCUUCUUGGAAAAUAUCAUUGAAAAUACCUCCAGAUCUUUGUACGCUAAAGGUACCUAGCUUUCGAAUAUUCUAGCAGCAGCGUGAUGCGACGGGCUACUCCCAACGCCACGCCUUAGUCACCCGCUUGUGCAGCUUGAGCCAGCGGCAACGCAUAGGCACGUGUUCCCCAUUACUCUUCGAUGGGCUUUGAAAACAAGCGUGUUAGGUUUGUUGAAGGAUGGAUAUAUAGAUGGAGCAGAUACAGGACCCGACAGGAAAGCAGGUGGCGUAGGAAAGAAAAGACGAGCCUAUAGUAUAGACUGGGUAAUGGGAACUCCAACAGGCUGCAUAUUUUUACCUCGAGCUAUUUGGCUGCUAUGCCAUGAUAAGACGGGCCACUUCGGCAGAGGGACUUCAGGCGCAAGUGCCACUGCCCGGACAUGGGCGCGGCCAAUGCCUAUCCAUCUUAUACGUCAGAUCACAAAUGGGAGCCUGCCCGCCUGGGUUGGGUGGGUUGCAGGCCCGUCUUGUACCACGGCCAAAGGCCAGCACACCGAAGGCAACCGAUAGAGUUUGUAUUGCAUUUUCACGGCGGCAUCCAUGGAAUGUGUUUGGACACUUGGCAAACAAACAGCUUGGCGGGGGGAUUGAUCAGGCUGAUGAUUUAGAGGCGGCUUGGCAAACCCUUCACGCCGCAAGAGCAGCAGGCGCAUUUGACGUUGGUGGCUCGGGCUGCUGGCACUGCGGCAAGCUCGGACGCGCCAACUGAUCGUGCAGGCGAUGCUAGGCUAACGGCUUCCUGCGCUAACUUUGUUGGCACCCUGCUCACCCCGCGGCUGUUGAGCACGCACACACGCCUCGCACCCAAACCCCAGGCCCCACCUGCCGCAUCGCCAGCAAAUUGCGACACGCAGAACAAAGAAAGUGGGUACGCUCCAAAAAAAAAACAGUCGGUUGAUGGCCACCUUCGUCGAGAACCGCUCCUCCUCCUCAAACAAAGGGAUUUCUUACCCUCACCAACUUUCCAAACAACCCCUCCGAGUUCAGUCUUGAAGUGCGACUUUUCGUACUUGAAUGCUGUCCUCAAGCAUCCUCUUUCUCAUACCCCAAACCACAAAAAAAAAUUGAAAAUCACCCGAAAAAAACCCUUGACGGCCGUCGAGAGGAAAAAUCGCAAACGUCCCAAACCAGGCAAAACGAAAAAAAAAAUCGAAAACCCCCCCUCCAACGAAGGGCGACAAGAGUCUCUGGCAGCGCACCCUAGACAUUCUACUUCUCUUUCAUAUUACAACCUCAACCGCUUUCAGCAGCUCGUCCUAGUCCGACGAGCAUUCUCCUGCCAGACAGCCUUUGAUCGCGAAGGUCGUCUUUGUUUCCCGCGCCACCUUCGUCAUUUUCGCCAGAGUUUUCCGGUUUCCUCGUCGAAAAAACCAACAUCAUGGCCGCUUCCGCGAACUCGGGCGCUGUCGACCAGCUUGCCGCCGACUUUGCCAACACCGGCCUCAAUGGUGGUGACAAGGGCCCUGCCGUGAACACCAGCGUCGCUGGCUUCCCCGGCGAUGAGGCCGACACCGCCGGCGCCACGCCGUCUUCUGCGGCCCCUCACCCCCAGGCUUCCGCCUCCCUCUACGUCGGCGAACUCGACCCCUCCGUCACUGAGGCCAUGCUCUUCGAGCUCUUCUCCCAGAUCGGAUCGGUCGCCUCCAUCCGCGUCUGCCGCGACGCUGUCACUCGCCGCUCGCUCGGCUAUGCCUACGUCAACUACAACACCACCUCGGAUGGUGAGAAGGCUCUCGAUGAGCUCAACUACACCCUCAUCAAGGGCCGUCCCUGCCGCAUAAUGUGGUCGCAGCGUGAUCCCGCCCUGCGCAAGACUGGCCAGGGCAACGUCUUCAUCAAGAACCUCGAUGUCGCGAUUGACAACAAGGCCCUGCACGACACCUUUGCUGCGUUCGGUAACAUCCUGAGCUGCAAGGUUGCCCAGGACGAGCAUGGAAACUCGAAGGGCUACGGCUUCGUGCACUACGAGACCGACGAGGCGGCGUCCCAGGCCAUCAAGCACGUCAAUGGCAUGCUUCUCAACGAGAAGAAGGUCUACGUUGGCCACCACAUCCCCAAGAAGGAUCGCCAGAGCAAGUUCGAGGAGAUGAAGGCCAACUUCACCAACAUCUACGUCAAGAACAUCCAGCUUGAUGUCACCGACGAUGACUUCCGCGCCCUUUUCGAGAAGUUCGGCCACGUCACCUCGUCCUCGCUAGCCCGUGACCAGGAGACUGGCAAGAGCCGCGGCUUCGGCUUCGUCAACUUCACCUCGCACGAGGACGCCUCCAAGGCUGUCGAGGAACUAAACGAGAAGGAGUUCCACGGCCAGAACCUCUACGUCGGCCGUGCCCAGAAGAAGCACGAGCGCGAGGAGGAGCUGCGCAGGUCGUACGAGGCUGCCCGCCAGGAGAAGGCGAGCAAGUACCAGGGUGUUAACCUGUACAUCAAGAACCUCGACGAUGAGGUCGACGAUGACAAGCUCCGUCAGCUCUUCUCCGAGUUCGGCCCCAUCACCUCUGCCAAGGUCAUGCGUGAGACCCUCGCCGAGGGCGCUGACGAGCCGGAGGCCAAGGAUGCCGCAGAUGCCAAGGAGAACGUCAAGGAGGACGAAGAGGCCGCCAAGACUGAGGGCGAUGAGGGCGAUGCCAAGGCUGACAAGAAGCCGAAGCUCGGUAAGAGCAAGGGUUUCGGCUUCGUCUGCUUCGGCAACCCUGACGAUGCCACCAAGGCCGUCGCGGAGAUGAACCAGCGCAUGGUCAACGGCAAGCCCUUGUACGUCGCCCUGGCUCAGCGCAAGGAUGUGCGCAAGAACCAGCUCGAGGCCAGCAUCCAGGCUCGCAACCAGCUCCGCAUGCAGCAGGCGGCCGCUGCUGCCGGAAUGCCCCAGCAGUUUAUGCAGGCCCCGGUCUUUUACGGCCCCGGCUCGCAGCCCGGCUUCAUGCCUCCCGCCGGAGGCCGUGGCAUGCCGUUCCCUCAGCCCGGCAUGGGUCUCCCGGCCGUCCAGGGCGGCCGUCCAGGCCAGUUCCCCGCCGGCUAUGCUGGCCAGCAGGGCGGCCGUGGCGGUCUGCCCCAGCAGAUCCCGCCCAUGUACGGCAUCCCCGGCCAAUUCCCGCCUCAGGGCCAGUACCAGCCUAACAACCCCCAGUUCAUUGCCGCCAUGCAGCAGCUCCAGCAGUCGAACCUCACCGCUGGCCGUGGCGUGCCCGUCGCUCGCGGACCGGGCAUCCAGGGUGGCCUCCCUGGAAGCAUGCCCGGCAUGCCCGGCGCUGCCAACAUGCCCGGUUACCCUCCGAACGCUAGGCAGCAGGGCGCUGGUGCCGGUGCUGGCCGUGGCGCUGGUGGCCGCAACCAGGGUCCCGGUUUCGCCGGCGCCGCGCCUCAGGGCGGCCGUGACGCUGCUCCGGCCGAGGGCGCCAGCGUGCUCCAAACCCAGCUGGCGGCUGUUGGUAACAACCCGGGCCAACAGAAGCAGAUUCUUGGAGAGGUCAUCUUCCCCAAGAUUCAGGCUAUUCACCCUGAGCUUGCCGGAAAGAUUACGGGCAUGCUCCUUGAGAUGGAGAACGCGGAACUUGUCGCUCUCAUCGAGAAUGAGGGCUCCCUGCGGGCAAAGGUUGACGAGGCGCUGGCGGUGUACGACGAUUAUGUCCGUGCCCAGGGUGGCGAGGCCGGCGACGCUCCCGGCCCUGCCAAGGAAGAGAAGGCCGAUGCCAAGGCCUAAACCUCGCAGCCCACACAUUCCUUGACGAUAGCGAUAUUUGCGGAUGGCCACUUCUUUUCGCAGAUGAUACCAUGCAUUUCAUAUCGCAUCCUUUACGUCUUUUUGAUGCCGAUGACUUUUUCUUUUGCCCAUGGUCCUUGAGGGCUGCAAAUCAUGGGCUGCAACCGAGCUGAAUACAGAGUAACCCCAGUCAGAUCUUUGAGACGAUAUGGGGGACUCUCGUCGGCAGUUGCAGCAGCAUUCACCAUGUACUGAUAGACUUUUUUCCCCGGGGGUCACAUUUCUCCUUUGUGUUGGUUUUUGUCUUUUCCAUUUUUUCUUCCUAAUCAGAAAUUGGGCAGAAAAGGGAAGGCGCGGUGGUGGCUUGGGGCACUGUUCACCACAUAUUCUGGUGGACAGCGACGUCUUUCCCCCUCGAACGGCGUUUAGGGGUUGCGGGUUUGUCUUGACUGGGCUGGACUUUGCUUGCUUUCUACACAGGACUGAAUACCCCCAAGAGGCAGCUUCCCUCUGCAUCUUAUCCUGUCUCCACGGUUCUGAAGCUAGGGGUUCCUUCGCUUAAACAGAGUCGGGCGACGAUGAUGGUUCAUGAAGGAAUAGUUGACGUGCGCAUGAUGGGUUUUGCUUCGGUUGGGUGGCUAGCCUAAUAGAGGAAUCCAAAAGUUUGUUCAUUAUGUAAA